AUGGCAUCAGCAGGUACAACAACUGAUGUCACAUCUACUAGCGGUCGAAUCGAUGUUGUUUCAUUGAUUGUUCUCGUCUCCUAUCCGAAACAUUAUCGAAUAUUCGCCGAAAAAGAACUCGUUCAUGAAAUCCUCCCCAAUGCAGCUGAGUCCGCCUUCGUCUGGUUUGGAAACUAUUCAGCUGAGAAAGACGAACAUCCACUUGUUUAUAUGGACGUGCUCAGCAAAAUGAUUCGUUUAGGUUAUCAAAUAUCAGCAUCGACCGGUGGCGGUGGCAAUCCAGCCAUUGGUGAUAAUAUGUCAACUCAUACAUCACACUAUAUUUUAGUGCGAAAACGAGACUGA